UGCCCAUCGGAGUCGAAUGCUCUUACCCCCAUCAUCGUGCCAGCGCCACCAGUAACAUAUAUAAAUGCACCAGCGAUUGACAGAACGUACAGUUCACGUUUUGACGUCUCGUACUUUGCCGCCUCCUUUGACGCGUGCACACCUAGGCCACCAGUGGACACGUGACCCGUGCGGCCGCCACGUGCUUCGGCCCCGAAACACGGACUAUAUUCCAUCGAACGCGACCACGAUGCGUUUCCUCGUUCUCGUCGGGCUCUCCAGUGGCCCACGGCUCUUUUCGCCGGUUCUCCUGCAUCUUCUGGUACUCGUCGCGUCCUCGGAGAACUUCGCCGGCGCAGUCAGACCGGAAACCGUCCUCGAGUUCCUUGCGAAACCUUUCGCACCCUCCGACGGCGCGUCCGAGCAAUGCCUCCGGGACAGCGCCCUUUAUUUGAAAGAAGUCGACCGCUACACACCCUGGGCUCUUCAGAUGUUCGACGCGUCCGUGAAAAUUCCAUCGGGCAUAAUCACGGGCAAUUACAAGCAGCUAGGCAAUUACGACGAGUGUCUGCGAGUGAAAAGCGGACACGGAUUCACGGGGAAGGCUUGCACCGGCAUGGUGCAAUUCGACAUCACGGGAAGCCGCGGCGAGCAUAGCGAACCCGAUAUAGGCGAUCUACUUCUUAACGUAGCCUUUACAUCGGGAAUAAAAUGGAAUUCAGAGAAGUCCGUGAUCUACGAGUGGAUGUGGUGCGUCCCGUCGAGCUGCAAUCACACGGACGUCCAGGAGGCGCUAGAAAUCGUCCUCGACCCUCUCAAGGUGGAAGGUCGCGUGGACUUGGUGGUGAAGGUUCCCGAGAGCUCCUGUCGCACCGCAGAAACGGAUCGACCGGUCUUCGACGUAACCGACUGGAUUUACAUAUCGAUCCUCGCGAUAUUCGCAGUGAUCAUAAUUGCCAGCACGAGUUACGACAUCGCCAGGCAAGGCCGUCUGAGCACGUUGAACCGAAAAGACACGAAAUACGUGCUCUUCACUUCCUUCUCCGUCUACACCAACGGGAAGAAUCUCCUGAACACGGACAGGUCCAGGAACUCCAUAAAAUGUCUCGACGGACUGCGUUACCUCAGCAUCUGCUGGAUAAUCUGCGGCCACACGGUUUACUCCGAGAUCGUCGGGCUGAAGAUGAACCUCAACGAGGUCCCUAUGAUGCACUUGAACUGGGGCAACAUGCUGGUGCUGAACUCGAACAUAAUCACCGACUCGUUCUUCCUGCUGAGCGGAGUGCUGAUGGCGUACACGAUGAUGACGAAGAGCGAGAAGGACCCGAAGAGGCGUCUAGACGUGAUCGGCCUCUACAUGCAUCGGUACCUGAGGCUGACGCCCGCGUACGCGAUGAUGAUCGGCUUCUACGCCACGCUGUUCUACAAAGUUGGUACCGGGCCGCAAUGGGACCAGUGGGUCGGCGCGAACAGGGACUACUGCCGGGAGAACUGGUGGACCAACCUGCUCUACGUGAACAAUUACGUGAAUCUGCCCAGAAUAUGCUUGUCACAGUCGUGGUACUUGGCAACCGAUAUGCAGCUGGUCUGGCUGUCGCCGAUAUUUCUGUACCCCAUGCUCAAAUUCACGCGGCAGAUAUUCUUCUGGAUCGUAAUCGCAAUCGGCUUCGUUACCUCUAUCGUCAUACCGUUCCUAAUUACGUUCACCCUCAAGCUGUCCGGUACCAUGCUCUACUACAAGGAGUCGAACGAUGUGGCAGAAGUUUACGUGCAGAUCUACACGAAGGUGUACAACAGAUACGGAUCCUACGUGAUCGGACUGGCCCUCGGAUACAUAUUGCACAAGACUCGGACCAGGGUCAUCAAGAUACACCCGAUGUACGUUGCCUUCGGCUGGGUGGUCGCCAUUCUGUCGGGCAUGUUCGUCUUCGUCGGCCCACGGUGGAUGUACUUCGAAGACCAUGUCUACGAUAGGCUGGAAGCCAGCUUCUACGCAGGCAUGCACAGGCAGGUCUUCGCUCUGUCGAUCUCCUGGAUCAUUUUCUGCUGCGUUCACGGAUACGCAGGUUUCCUGAACCACUGUCUUUCAUGGAGAGGCUGGGUUCCCUUCAGCAAAUUGACCUACAGCGCGUAUCUGUGUCACUACGUGUUCAUGCUGUCGAAUGCUGGCGCGGAGAGAACCAGCACCAUACUCAGCCCAAUACAAAUCAUUCGGAGCUUCACCAGCAACCUGUUCCUCACGAUGCUGCUGUCAGCGGUAUGGACUCUCUGCUUCGAGAUGCCGUUCAUGACCCUGGACCGCGUGCUGCUGACUCGCCGAGAGAAUCAACCGACGUUGAAGCCGAACCAGGGGAAGAUGUUCGGGUCGACGGAUUCGAGCAAGGAGAUCUACCGGUCGACGAACGAGUCGUCGUCGACGAUCUCGCAGGGCUGCGAGGACAACUUCAAUCAGAAGUCCGCCGAGGACAGCGUCUAUUGUUCCGCCGGGGACGUCAGCUACGAGCAGGCGAUUUACGCGUCGGGCUCCUCGCAGGACCUGAAGUCCCACGCGAAGGGCGACAGGUGUCCGUUCAUCUUCGUGAUCGGCAGCUCGGAGGGCGGCGACACUUGGCCGAAGUCGAGGAACGUCCACCAGAACAACGGGUUCGACGAGGACUCCGACGACGCGUCCCAGUCGAAGCUCGACGUCCGGUUGGACCGCGGCUACGAGUCGAUCCUGUGCGAGGAUCCGGUCAGGCAGGAGGACGCGAACGAGUCGGACAAGAUAAACAACAGUUGAUGGAGCGAAUCGUCCAUCGGGUCCGAGCGCACUUGCUGGACAAGUGAUAAUUUAUGCGACGGGGGGAACGAAGUCAGGGAGAACGGUGAACGCGCCGACGACGGAGAUACCGGCGACAACGAAUGGAGCUUGCUGAGGGAAACGAUGCGUUGGUACGAUCUGCUGAUACUGAUCGUCUCGGAGAUGAUCGACAGCUUGGUCGAGCAGCUCGCGCGGACCCCCGCGGCGCGGAUGCUGAGACGCGUGUACGAGCUUCGUUGACCGCGCGAGACGAGAAGAGGAUUAUGAUAUUGUACAAAUUUGCGGAAUAUGCUUCGUUAAGGCCUUCACGCGUUGCGAUUCGGUGUCGGAGACGAGUCGGACUGUACUCCACGGUGAAGGGGAGUACUUAACCUCUUUAGUGCCGGACGAAAGAAUUCUGCCUAAGUGAGGAAUACCGAAAUUGAUGUAAUCCCGUAAGGGUUGAAAAAAGAUCUUUGAAGAAAAGUAAAAAUGAUGUCUAGAAUAUUGAGAAAGGAUUACGCUGUGAAAUUAAGGGAGAGAAUUAAAUUCCAUUUCAAUAUUUCUUGAAAAUCGUACUAAUAAUAUUGAUUCAGUCAUCGGAAGAAAUGGAAAUGUCAGUUUUCUUGUAUAAACAGUAUUUGCGAAUGAAAAAGAUCAUGGUUUGGCCUUAGCUUGAUACAGGACACGUAGUGUGAAGCAUAAAUAUUGCUGUUCCAGUUAUUUGCUACGAAGUUACUUAUAAAAGUAACUAUAAAAUGAUUCGUAGCGAAUACCUUAUCCAGGGUGUACAGUUUCGGUAUCAUCGCGAAAGAUAACGAAAAGUUGAACUCGUUGAAAGUUGCUAAGAGCGAUAUAUCGUUGUUCGGCAUUGAAGGGUUAAACGUUAGUAUUUACAAGUGAAGAACGACGUUCGGACGUUUCUUCAUCGUUUCUCAAAUGCGAAACAAGAGCUGAGAAAUAUUACUUUGAGACAUUCGAACCGAUUCGCCUCGAUGAAUUUAGGUCUGGCAAUUUGAGCGUUGUACACGUAUCGUGACGCGUAGAAGCCUUUAACGAUUAGAGUGUUGUCCAUUGGCGUUGUAAAUAUCGAGACAGGGAAUGUCUUCAGCGGACAACACGUUUGCUUGAUUUGGAAAGCCGACGUUGAUUCGUCGACGAGUCCCGGUGGAGUAGAGGUUAAUUAAGUCGUCUUUCAUUGUUUCCGAUCGAUCCGCCGAUAGCAGAGUCUGAAGAAGGCUCAUUCUCGAGCGAGUUACCUGAUCCCGCGAAUAAAGCUUGUUAAUAAUUACCGCGCGCACGAUGUUGGCGUUUAUUUUUGUAACUGGUCGUUGUUAGCCGUCGCCGCUUCGUGGUUUUAGGAUUAAGACUAACAGAAAAACCUGCUAACUUUGUUACACCGUAUUUAUAAAGCGAAUAUUAUUUAAGCUACCUGGUAGAUCCGUUUCGUUCUAGAACGGAUAACAUAGAGGAUAACGAACUAAUAUAGUCAGUGAUGCGUUUACGGAGCACAGGCUACAGUAUUAUGUGUAUAAUUGAAUCCUGUGAUUACACGGUGCAUGUUUCUAAAUACGAUCCCGUCUUGUAACGAGCGUGACGUUGAAUAUUUUCGUAAUUACUAACUGAACCUAACGCUACGCGGACCACAAACUCACACGAGAAAAGAUUCCUGUCGUCGCGUUACGUCGCGUUUCAGCGAGAAUAAAAGAAGAACCAUUCAUCUCGCAUUCCGAUUUAUUUCAGCUUUAUCCUCUCGCGGUUUCCGUUCCCGCCGCGUCUUCUAUUAGGACUUUUACUCGUCGCACUCCGCGAUCCGAGCAAUUCGAAAGGGAACAAUAUCUUCCGGAAAGAAGAGAACGGAGGGCAGAGUAGAAGGGCGUGAGGGAAGUACAAGACUACGCUUGUAAUUCCUCGACCGGAACUAACGCGGGCCAUGUGGCAGCGUAGACUCCGCUCGUAACCAUAAAGCUUGGAAACACUGCCAACAGAUACAAGUUAACUUUCCGGCUCUCUUUGCUCGAGUAAUCAUUUACUAUCGGAACGGACAGGAAUAACACACCGGCGCCGACUCUCUCGCGCGAGCUUUCGAUUAUCCCUCACUCCCGGAAACAAGAAUUUUCUAACCGCAUUCUUAAUUACGGUCUGCUGCAGUUUUAACACCUCGCGGAUGAUUUUUUAAAUUAUUCAUACAUCACCGAAGGUGCUGAACACCUUUUGAGGUUUUAACUUAAAAUUAUUUUAGUUCAAUAAUUUUUUCUCAAUUGAAUUUUUGAAAAAAUUGAAUUGAAAAUUUCAGAAGCUGCCAUUUGACACCUUCGGUAGAAAUAGUGUUAAAACCCUGUUUCGUAGAAAAGUUAGGUUAUGCAACGAAAUCUUAAAUACAGGGAAAAGAACAUAUCAAUUUCUCGUUAUUUAAUAUGUUGACUGCCACGAGAAUUUCGAAUGUUUUAUUAUAGUAAGAUUUAUUCCUUUACAAUAGAGGAAAAUAGUAUUAAAUAUAAUUAUUAAUGUUUUAGUAUUACAGUAUUCAUAUUACACUUCCAGCUUCUCUCGUUACUAAAUAUUUUGAUUCAAUAUCAAUGUUCUUAUUGUAAUUGUUUCCAAGCAAUUUAGAAGCUGCGGUCAUCGACCACCGUGGCAGUCAACGUCAAAUAAUUAAAUUAUUCAUUCGCAGCUUAAUUAAAUAUCCAAGCUCGGAGCCUCCAUUAUGGCGGCAUUCGGGAAAGGGUUAACCCUUUGCACUCGAGAGGCGACUCUCAGGUGCGAGACGAUUCGAUACAGUGAAAUUAUAAAUUUUUAUAUUUGCCGUUUAACUUACACUGCAUCAAUACUUGAAAUACUGAAAGAAAAUAGCUUUGUUCCCUAAUUUAUGUAUGAUUUCUUGAUAAAUUCAUUUCAAAGAAUCCUGUCUACGUCUAAUUGGAAAGUAUUGAAUAUUUCAAGUGAAAAACUUUCGAGUUCAAAGGGUUAAUUCUAAAAGAAAAAGGACGAACCGACUGGGUGGUGGAUCGAGAAUCAAACAACUCGGAGACGACGGUCGAAA